AUGUCUCUAUCCCCAAACAGCAACGCGUUGGCUCUGAAGCGCAAGCUACAGCAGCAGGCUGACACUCGCCACGAGCCAAGAUCCAAACGCCAUAGUAUCUCAGGAUACGAUCCACAGGCCCCAUGGCUUUUCGAGUCUGGCAGACCGCUCAACGGCUGGCGCACGCUGGGUGACCCAGCGGUCCAUAACUCUAUGCCACUGGCCAAUAUGGUUUCUGCAGUGCAGGAUCUGAUCGAUCCAGACUUCGAUCCACUGACAGCCAUCCUGGACGAGGAGCCACGAUUUCUCAAGGCGCUCCCUGAUCGAAUCGCGAGGGAAGACCUGGAGUUCUUGCGCUUUCGUGGCGCCCUGUCGAUUCCAGAGAGCGGCUUGCGUAAUGAAUUGUUGAGGUCGUAUACACAAUGGGUCCACAGCUUUAUGCCUGUGCUCAACUUGCAAGAACUCUUGAAUUGUGUGGCAGAGAACGACCCCAAUGGAAAUAUCAGUGUUCUGCUCUUCCAGGCCGUUAUGUUUGUAGGGACAGCCUUUAUCGACAUUAAGCAUCUACAGGAUGCAGGGUAUUCGACGAGGAAGGAUGCACGGAAUGCUUUUUUCACUCGAUUACGACUUCUUUACUCACUUGAUUGCGAAGAAGACCGGAUCGUCAUUUUGCAAACACUUUUGCUGAUGACAUAUUGGUCGGACCCAGAGAAUAGCCUACAGCGGGAUAUUUGGGACUGGAUCGGAGUGUGUAAUACACAGGCACAUUCCAUUGGAUUGAACAAAGACCCAUCUACUGCCGAACUUGACCCCAAACUUAAACGACUGCGCACCCGACUCUGGUGGUGCCUUUACUCCCGAGAUCGUUUGAUUGCUAUGGGGAUGCGGCGCCCGAUGCAGGUAAACGAAGGGACGAGCAAUGUCCCUAUGUUGAAACCUGAAGAUUUCGACUUUGAACCAUUCUCCCCAUCUGCGGUUCGUCUCUUCCACUGUCGACAACUUGAGGAUGUGUCACACCAAAGACGCCUCGCCACCAUGUUCAUUGAAAAGGUCAAGCUAUGCCAAUGCAUUGGAAGGGUGAUCUUCGCACAAUAUGCGCCAUCACAGCGACAAUUUGGAGUCACAGACAGAACGACUAUUACAUUGGUUCCUCGUCAAGCUUCGGAAUCGGAGUUUACUCGAUGCAGCCAAAAACUUGAUUCGUGGCUUACUGGUCUACCCAAAGAUGCACAGUUUAUCCCGGCAUCUAAGAGCAAUUUCCGGGAUGGCGAGGAUGUACUGCUCUUACAUGGCGCUAUGCUUCGUAUGCUGUAUCAUGCAACUAGCAGCGCUCUCCACCGGCCUUGGGCAGCCCAUUCUAAAGACCAGUCAAAGUCUCGCACUGAAUGGCGCAAUGCUGCCCGUACAAAAAUGCACGAGGCUGCCUCUGGAAUCACUCAUAUUGUUCAAGGCCUCAAUCAGCUCAAUCUGACACGCUUCUUGCCACAAUCUGGCGUGACAGUAAUCCUGCCAGCGGCAGUGGCACAUCUUUCCAACUCCAUGUCUGACAACCCAGCCAUUCGCGAGAGUAGCGUAUACAAUUUUCAACGCUGUAUUCAUGUUCUUCACUGUCUGAAGGAUAUGUACCCAGCCGCCAACGUUGAGUUUGCCAACCUCGAGGCUGCAAUCAAGUUGCAAUCGGGCAACUACAUCAACAACACAUUCUUUCAGAUCAUGCAAUAUAACUUUGACACCCCAGCUACUCCUCUCGAAUUGAAGAGAACACAAAGCAAUGCCGACUCAAUAUCCACCCCUCACUCCUUCCGCCAAGAUAGCAAUAAAUCCGAUGUCCAAACUCCAGCAUCCCACAGAGCCGCAUCUAUAUACGAAGAAAAUCAAGUUCAACAAAGAAACAUGAGUAUCCCUACACCUCGCGAACAAUCUCAAACUCCACAGCAAAACCGUCGCCCUUUCCCCAAUGACUUUGAUGACCACUUCGCAGCCGACACAGGCUCAGACGAUUCUAAUCCUUUCAACUAUCUCUCUGUUGACUUCAACUUUCCCGACACAGCAGAUCCUUCUGCAAGCACCACGCAACCAAUGGAGAUCUCACCCCCAGCAGAAGACAUUGAUGAUCUAGACUGGACAAAGGCUCUUUUCCAGGGGACAUCAUUACAUGAACUCGACAAGUCAGGAUCAUUGGACCAAAAUCAUCGCCAGAAUCAGAAUUGGACACAGCGACGUGAUCUGGAGCGGGAACAAGAACAGGAUCUGUUUGAUUUUGCGCUCAAGGAUGACGAUUAUGAUAAUAUGGCCAGACAUCGAUCUGGACAUGGUGAUAUUACGGGUGAUUUGGAUCGUGAUUUAGGAUUUUAA